AUGACUACAGAUAAUCAAUUCACCACCGUAAAGAAAAGAACUUCAAAUUUUAGUAAUUCAACUUCUAAAACAAAGAAAUCUUAUAAUCAACCUGGUAGAUCAAAUUAUAAAAGUAGAAAUAAUGAACCAUUUGUUCCAAGUGCUGCUGUGAAGAAGAUUUCUCAAAUUGAGUUAUCAGAUGAACAAAUAUUUCUUAAAUCUAAAAUCUUGAAUUUCAUCAAUACAGGUCUUGAAAAUUAUGAAUCAAAACCUUCAGUUUUCAUUAUAAAUGGUGAUGCUGGUACUGGUAAAUCAGUUAUAUUAAACUCUUUAUUCAAUGAAAUCCAGAAAAUAUCAAGAACAGAAAAGGGGAAAACUUUAUCAAACACCAAGAAUACUCUAGUAGUUAAUCAUCCAGAAAUGUUAAAAUUAUAUCAUCAAAUUUCUAAACAAUUCCCAUAUAUUUCCAAAUCUGACUUGGAAAGACCAACUUCUUUAAUCAAUAAUUUUAACAAAUCACCCAAACAAGAAAAAGUUGAUGUUUUAAUCAUUGAUGAAGCUCACUUAUUAGCUACUGCUAAAGAUGCUUUCAAAAGAUUCAACCAAGAAAAUCAUCUAGAAGAAUUGAUCAAGAUUUCAAAAGUUAUAAUCAUUGUAUUUGAUGAUAAACAAUCAUUAAGAAUGGGUUCAUAUUGGACAUUAGAUCAUGAUCUUAAAAAGGGGAAAUCAGAUGGUGCAUCUCUUACAAGCUUCUUAAACAAUUCGAAUUUAGCACAAUUCGAAACUUUUAACUUAACAAAACAAUUUAGAAUAACAGCUAAACCAGAUUUAAUCAAUUGGACAACAGAAAUAUCAACAACAAAGAAAAUCCUACCAUUACCAUUAUCAGAUGCAGAAUCUAAAACUUUUGAUUUUAAAAUUUUUGAGAAUUGUCAAAAAAUGUAUGAUUCUAUAAAAGAAAAAAAUGCAGAGUUUGGUCAAUCACGUAUACUUGCAACUUAUGAUUUCCCAUAUAGAUUAGAUGGGAAGGACUAUUUUGUUUCUUCAGAUUCUGAUGAGUUUAAAUUACGCUGGGAUAGAUAUUUACCACAAUUAACAACUCCAUGGUCAGAAAGAGAUGAUACCAUUGAUGAAGUUGGUUCAGUUUAUACAAUUCAAGGAUUUGAUCUGAAUUAUGCAGGUAUAAUAUUGGGUAGAUCAAUUGGUUAUGAUGCAAGUACUGAUUCAUUGAAAAUUAAACCAGAAUUUCAUGAUGAUAAUGCAGGUUUCACUAAGAAGAAGAAUAUAAAUAAUGUUGAUAAAGUUAAAGAAAAGAUUAUAUUAAAUUCUUUGAAUGUCUUACUAACAAGAGGUGUUAAAGGAUUAUAUAUUUUCCCUUGGGAUAAAGAAUUGAGAGAAAAAUUGUUGAGAAAUGCUGAUGAUAGAGUUGUAUCACGUAAUUGA